AGGGCCCCGGGGAUCGCGGGGCGCCGCUGCAGCCGCUCCUCGGCUCGGUUCCGUCUCCUGGGCAGCGCCGGGGCGGGCGACCGCGGCGGCAGAGGAGCAGGAGCCGGGAGCCGCGCUCCGCCGGAGUUGGGCAGGGGAGCACCCGCGCCUCCGCGGCGUCAUGGGCCCCCUCCCCGGGCCUCAGCGGGCACCAGCCGCAGGAACCCCCGGGCCUCCUCGCGGCCAAGCCUGAGCGACCCCCGAGUUCUACGGCGCCCCCUCCCUCCGCCCUAUUUUUCCUGCUCUCGCCACCGCAUACGCUUCUGCUGUCCGUUAUGGCAACGGAGCCGCCAUCCCCCCUCCGGCUGGAGGCGCCCGGCCCCCCAGAAAUACGGACCCCACCAGCGAGCGAGGCCGCCUCCGAGGGCACCCCGCAGCCGGCGAGCGGCAGGCUCCGAUUCCUCAACGGCUGUGUGCCCCUCUCGCAUCAGGUGGCCGGGCACAUGUACGGGAAGGACAAAGUGGGUAUAUUACAACAUCCAGAUGGCACAGUUUUGAAACAGUUACAGCCACCUCCAAGGGGCCCAAGAGAGCUGGAAUUCUAUAAUAUGGUUUAUGCUGCUGAUUGUAGUGACGGUGUUCUUCUAGAGCUACGAAAAUAUUUGCCCAAAUAUUAUGGCAUCUGGUCACCUCCCACUGCACCAAAUGAUUUAUAUCUAAAACUGGAAGAUGUGACCCAUAAAUUUAAUAAGCCCUGUAUAAUGGACGUAAAGAUAGGGCGAAAAAGCUAUGAUCCUUUUGCUUCAUCUGAGAAGAUUCAGCAACAGGUCAGCAAGUACCCAUUAAUGGAAGAGAUUGGUUUCUUGGUGCUUGGCAUGAGGGUUUAUCAUGUUCAUUCUGAUAGCUACGAGACACAAAACCAGCACUAUGGAAGAAGCUUAACAAAAGAAACUAUAAAGGAUGGAAUCUCCAGGUUUUUUCAUAACGGAUUCUGCUUAAGAAAAGAUGCUGUUGCUGCCAGUAUUCAGAAGAUUGAGAAAAUUCUGCAGUGGUUUGAAAGCCAGAAGCAGCUUAACUUUUAUGCAAGUUCAUUACUAUUUGUUUAUGAAGGUUCAUCUCAGCCAGUCACUACAAAAUCAAAUGACAGGACUUUGGCAGAAAAGUUUUUGUCCAAAGGACAACUGUCAGACGCAGAAGUACUGGAGUGCAAUAAUAACUUUCACUUGUUGAGUUCCACAGCGAAUGGAAAAAUAGAGGCUUCAGUAGGCAAAAGCUUGUCCAAGAUGUAUGCUCGUCACAGAAAAAUGUAUUCCAAAAAGCAUCACAGUCAGACUUCAUUGAAAGUUGAAAAUAUGGAGCAAGACAAUGGGUGGAAAAGCCUGUCACAGGAACAUUUAAAUGGAAAUGUACUGUCCCAACUGGAAAAAGUUUUCUAUCAUCUUCCCACUGGUUGCCAAGAGAUUGCAGAAGUAGAAGUGCGGAUGAUAGAUUUUGCUCAUGUGUUUCCUAGCAACACAGUAGAUGAGGGAUAUGUUUAUGGGCUAAAGCAUUUAAUUACUGUACUUAGAAGUAUUUUAGACAAUUGAAUCAUUUGCUGCGGUCUUUUUAAGGGGUGGGCCAAUCAUUAUGAAGAGGAGCAGUCAAUAUCUGCAAUGCUAUGUAAAAAAUUUGUAUUGUGAGUGACAUUUUAUUUGUCUUUAUACUUUUGGUAGAAAGGUUAACAUUUUUAUAAUCUUACUCAGGAAAACUAAUUAUUUGUUCAUUAGAAAACUAUGAAGAAUAAAGAAAUUUAGGAAUGUUAAGCAGGGAAUGUGGUGGUACAUGGCUUAAAUAUCUUUUUGGCUUAAACAAAAUGCAGACCAUUUUUCAGUCAUUAAGAGUUUAGUUAGCUCUCUGCAGCCAAUUCAUCACGACAUCUUUGUCCACCCAACCUUGACAAUGAGCCAUACCUAAACUAUUACAUUAUUAGAACACCUGGCAAAAAUCUAGAAAGAACUUCAUAUUGCUAUGUAUGAAGUUAUUAAAACUGGAGAAAAUUCUACUUUAGAAAUAAGUACUGUUUAGGUUUUAUACUAAAAGUUCAGACCAGCAACUCAAAAGGUGCUUGUUAGUGAAAUGAUUUAGAAUUGUUGCAUUCCAAAAGUUUUCCCUUUAAUUUUUAUUUAUGUGUAUAUUUCAAAAUAUUAUACUUUGUAAAAAAAGAUAAUCAGAAUGGGCAACAACAACAAACAUCUUGAAAUUAAGAGUACAAAUUAUUCUUACCAGGGGUAGGAGAAGAGAGGUGUUAUUUGCAAGGAGCAAAAUAUUUUUCUUUUAAAAUCUUUCAUUUUUGGGAAAAUUGGAAUACAUAUUUACUACAUUGUGAAAAGCAUCAUAAACCCGUGUAAUAAAUACCCUUUUCUCUAACUGCUGCUUCAAAAAGGUGGAUGAUUGAAACUUUGUUUUUUUAUCCUUUAAAUAACUUUUGAGAGUUUUUUCCUUUUCAAAUUCAUGUAUUUUAUAUGUUCCCGUUUAGUUAAGUAGUAGUAUAAAUAUGUGUUGCUAAAAAUAGUGUUUCUUAGAAUUCUUUUAAGCAGUGAAAGACAACAUCCAAUCCUGUAAGUGUUAAAAAAGUAUUGUGUGUAAAUUAGUGCAUCAUAUAGGGUUUGAUGCAUAUCUAAAUCCAUGCUUCUAUUUCAGUCUUAGUCAAAAUAGUUUUAUAUCAUAUUCAACAGGGAAAUUAUAAUUUAAUUUCAUGGGGGAUGGGGCAGUGCUCCUUUUCCUGGAAAAAUUAUAUUUGUAAGUAUGAUGUUUGUUUCAACCCACCACUUUGUAAAAAGUAGUUAUUUAUUGUUGAAAACAUUUAAAACUUUGAAAUUAGAUUUGCAAAUACAUUUGAUGUUAAUGCCGUCAUUGCUUGCACUCUGAUUGUCUAAUAAUCUAAGUAGUUUAACAGUUUUGCCAUAUUCCUGGAAAAUGUUUUGGAGUUGUGAAUUAUUAGACUGUUUUCUCCUUUUUUCCCCUCUAGAAUUACAAAUUAAACUAUUAAAUCCAAGCGCCUUUUUGUGGUAUAGAGAAAGUAACAUAAUGUUAUGUUUGUCUUGCCUUCCCAUCCCUCUCUGAGGAAACUGUACAAAUACCUGAGUCCGAACAGAAGUACCACAUGCUCUAUGAAUUCUACACUUAGUAAGUCUAUCAAACCAGAAUAACUUUAAAAUUCAUAUGCAUUUUGCUAUAACAAAAUUUGACUGUUUCAAAUUUUAUAUUUAGAAUCAGCAUAAGUAUUUUUCAUAGGGAUUUCAUGUUUUUCUCUACUGUCCAAAUGGGUAUUGGCUGUAGUAUUUUUUUUGGUGUGAAUGAAUUUCAAGUCAUAACUAAUAGUCAGAAAAUUUUUAGUUUGACGUUUUUCCCUUACAACAUGGACUUUUGUUGUCAUUAUUUGGAUAGUGGUCCAAUAAAUCUUAAGCUCAGAUAACUAAACACUAUUUUGAAUCUCAACAAGGUAAGAGGUUUUUUUGUGUGGAUGGUAUCAGCCUAUGUACAAUGAAUUUAAUAAACUUAAGUAUUAUCAGAUCUUUUGCACAUUUUAGCUUAAUAAAAUCUGAAUUAACUAUUCCAGAUUUUCUUUAUCUGUAUUUGGAAAUAUAGUUUGUAAAGUCAGUGUCUUUUUUCAUACAAUAGAUCAUGUUUUGUUUUGUUUUAAUAAAACAAGAAUCACUUUUAUCUUUUGUUUUUCAGGGAAGGGAUUAACAUUUAAUUCUGUUUACAUUUUUUUAUCACUGUUAUUCAAUGCCCAUUUUAUGUUACUUUAUAAGUAAGCUUAUAUGUAACAGAAUACGUAUCUGUUUAUAUAAUCUACAUGUGAUUAUUUUACUGUCUAAUCCAGUCAUUUAAGAUUAUGCUGAAAUUUACCACUGUGGGAUAAAUGAUCACUAUUCACCAAGCUUAUUUGGACAUAUAAAUGUUUAAGAAAUAAGCCUAAUAAGGAUAUAGUUUGGGUUGGUAGGAUUAUCAUAGUUUUUCCCCCCUAGGAAACAUAAGUAAAGAUUUUAGUGUAUUUCUUAUGGAGUGCACUCAUAAAAAGGAUGUUAAGAAACUGUGGAUGUGAAAAGUGCAUUUCUCUAAUAAAAAUUAAAAUUGUAUAAUAGUUUUAUAAUAAAGUAUUUACAUUGAUAUUUUAAUAUGGAUGAAAGUUGCAUAGAUUCUAAUAAAUUAAAAUCAAUGAUAAAUUCUAAAUAUUUUAUCUAAAUAGUUUUUCAGGAAGCAGUUAUGAAAAUGUGUAUAUUAUAUAGCUCUAUCAUUGAGCUUGUGAUAUUUCAACUCAGUAUUCACUAUUCUUUGUUUUAUGUGUCUGAAAGAUUGUACUUACUAUGCCUCUUUACACUACAGUUUGCUAUUGUGGGGCUCCAGACUAUAUUAAACUGAAUGAGAACUUUUUUCUGAAUUUUGAUUGAGUAUAAUUUAGUAUUUUAUGAUUUCCAGGAUGUUUUUCAUAUCAUGUCUAUAGAGCCUACAUAUCAAAUUUGUAACAUCACUUAAGAAAAAGGAAUUGCCAUAGAUAUUUCAUUUGCAGUUUGUUUAUGCAACUUAAGACAUUUAUUUCUAGGAUUUUAAAUACUGAAGACGACGUAGGAUGAAAGAAAACGGUAGAACAAUGAAAGAAUUUUAUUGGUGAAAUUAAAGAAAUGAUGUCCACUGUUUUAAAGCAUUGUCAUCAUUUUAGUACCAUUUUCCUUAGUAUUUUGGUAUCUUAUACUUUAAAACUUGAUUUGCUUUAAAAAUUGUUUGCAAUGCUUUGUAAUAAUUAUCUUCCUUAUCCAGUGCCUUUAACCUUAAUUUGAUAAUAUUUGUAGCCUCAGUUAUCCUUUGUUUCAUCUUAUAAUGUUUUCAUAGCCUAGGAGACAUCAAUUUCUUUUUAAGAAUUGUCAAUUUGGUUAUUUAAAGAGGUAGCAAUUACCUAUUAAUGCUUUGGGAAAACAAGGUUGCCUUUAUAGGCCAGGCUUCUUAAUUCAUUCAAAAAUAUUUACUGGAUGUAUAUUAUGUGCCAAGGAUUUUUAGCCCCUCAGUGUACAAUUGUGAACCAAUCAAAUGAAGCCCUAACCAUUUCCAGCAUUCUGUCUAGAUAGGUUGGGGCUGAGAGCUUAAUUAAAACAAGGAUAAAGAGACAUAUGCAUUUAAAGAUAAGAUAACUAGCAUUUGGGUUUGUGUAAAGAAAAGGAAAGAAGUAUUGAGUUGAAGUGAAGCAAUUAACAUGUUAGGUUAGAAAUAAUAAUUUGCAGCAUUGUAACCUCUAUUUGAAUUUUGAGUUCGGGUAGUAGUUAUAGAUAGCAUAAAAAAGCCUUAAUUUUUCACUUCUCUUGCUGGUAAUGGUACGUUUACUUAGACUGUCCAUUUAGAGUACUGUUUAACACAACAUUACUAUGAAAAACAUUCCAUUAUGUAUUCACAAGCAAAUUAACUGCACAUUUUUUGUAGUAUUUUAUAAUUUACUACAAAUAUUUUAGGCCUCAAUCUUAUUUUCAAAUCACUGAUAUUUUAAAUUUGGCAAUGAAUGUGAAAUUAUUAUUUGACUUACAGAGUGAUUGUAUUGUUAUUUAAACUGCUUGUUAAUAUUUUAGGAAGGUUGGAGGCUCCAUCUUUUUUUCUUUUGAGUUAAUAUUUGAAAUCUUAUUGAUUUUAUGGCCUCUAGUAAGAGGAAAUGAUACUCAUGCAAUUAAACAAAUUGGUAUAUAUUUUCAAGAAUUUCUUUUAAUUUUUAAAUUUUGGGGUUAAAUUUUGGCCUGGUGUUAACUUACAAUAUGUAUUAACAGUUUAAUUAUGAAGUGAAACAGUCUUAAGUGUGAUGUAUGAUGCACCUGCAAAUAAAUGAAAAUGGUGUGCACAAAGACACUUUACUAUGGGAAUUGUACUGGAAGACUUAUGAAAGCAUGUGAAACUGCACCUAAAAUUGUGUUGUUAGUAACUAUAAGUAGCAAUGCUAAAUUUAUUGUACUUGAUGAAUGAAUGUAUUUAGUCUAGUCACAGUUACUUUGAUUUAAAUGUCUAAAUAAUGUGUCUAAUUUUUUUUAAAUGUGUUUGUAAUUUGUACUAUUGACGGGGGGUAUUCUUGGACUGCAAGGGUUAUUGUCAAUGUGUGAUUUGUGUUUUUAUUUGAUAGAAUCAUUUAAUGUGAUAUACUGAUUUUUAUAAGUGAUAUUUAGGUAAUUCUAAUAACUGUAUAUUUGACAACCUAUUAAAAUGUUUUGCAUUGGA